AUGAAGGUUUUCAUAGUUCUGGCAACACUUCUUGCCUCACUCACUGUACUCGCUGAAGAUCAAUCUCCAGGACAAACGAAUAUCCCCUAUAACGAUGAUGAGGUUGAGAUUAUCGAAGUAAACGAAGAAGAUCACGAUGUGGAGAAAGAAAGGCAUAUAAAUGAAAUAGGGGAUUUCAUCCCUAUCUCUUCCCGUGAAAGUCGAUUGCUUCCUACCUUUCUGGAUUCGUAUGGCCGACAGAUUCCUCCUUCAGCGCCAUUUUUACAGACUUCUGUUAUUGGUAGCGUAGCUUUUUUGGGACUGAUGGGACUUGGGACGAUGGCCCUAUUGUACCCGAUUCUAUCGUCGUUGGAAGCUGAAGAUUUGGAGAAAUUUAACGAAAUAGAUCUGCGUGAUGCUGGCGGGUUUUUCAGCAAGAGCUUGACAGGAAUAUCAGAAAGAGUGAUGACGUAUGUGGAGCAAACUCUGGAAGAAUUACCGAGCAUUCCUCGACUCGAUGCUCAAGAAUGUAUGAAACGGAGUGUAUGUGAAGCACAUAAUCAACCUAAGAAGUACGGAGUAAUCGGGAUUUUGCUACAGCUUUUCUUCCCGCCUUAUUUAGAAACUGAGGAACCUUUGAAAGUGGUUUCCAAGUAUCAACUAGCUGCUAGGUACGGUAGACAAGAUCGUGCAAACUGUGGCAAGCAAUAUGAUGGGUGCAUGAUUAGCUUCCUGGACCUCAUACAAGCCAUUGUGAAUGCUUUCAUCAAGUAA